ACACUAGUUCUACAGAUGAAACAGUAACUGCCCCAAAAGGAUGUUUUCAUGCAACUGAAACAAGAAUGGACUCAGAGUACUACAGUAAUGUGAGAAAAUUUCAAGUUAGGGACCACUCACGCCUAAAUGGGUCAGCAAACUUCACUGACACAAGCUGGCGAAUAAUUUGCCCCCUAAAGCACUAUGUUGCUGUUGUCGUAAUGAAAUUCAACUUCUCAUCUGUUUAUGCUCUGAGCAUCAAGCAUGUUCAACUCACUGGGUGCAUCACUGCUCCUAGAUCCUAUAUCUUCACGAAAAAAUCAAUAAUGAUUGGAGUGAACAACACAAUCCCAGAAGCCUUAUCUCACCACUUGGACAUU